AUGGACGCUCAAAGCCCGGACCCAGUCGACUGGGGAGUGGACCAGGUGGUUGACUACUUAUGCAAUCCACAAGAAGCUCCCUGGGCCGACUCUGCCACUUCUUCGCGCCCAAACCUCACCGCGCUCGAGGCUGCACUCCGUGACAACGAGAUAAACGGAGAAGCCCUACUUCACGAUGUUGAUCGAGAAGCCCUCAGAGAUGAUAUGGGUAUCAAAGCUCUUGGUCACCGCAGUAGCGUUCUCAGAGCUAUUGAUUGGCUACGUGCUCGAUCACCGAAAUAUCAAACUUCCAAGCAGAACUUUCCCUCUUCCCAGCAACCUCAUCCGACUGAGCACCUCUUAUCAUCCUUCAACUCUCCUAUCACCACAUUUGCGGACUCACCCAGCCGCAUCUCCUCUGUGCCUCCUUCUGUGCUUCCUUUUGUGCUUCCUUCUGUGCCUCCGUCUGUGCCUCCGUCUGUACCUCCACCCCCUGCGCCAGCCGAAAUGACGCCAGCGCCUGCAGCCGCAGGUAUGAAAGAAAAACGUCGGAUCGCGCCGACCCCGGUCGUUGAUCUCAAGGGAGAGAAGCGGGGUGGCGAUGAGGCCCAGAAAGGGAAGUCUCCAUUUGACAAUCGUGCACCUGGUCUCUCACCGCAGCCUAUCUCCGAAAGCAUGGCAAACAACUCUACCAAGACUGUUCGUGGUGAAGGAAGUCAGAAGGUCUCACUUUCUGACCCUUCUAAUGCCAACAUUAUCCCACCAGACACAGCGGAGCUCGAGUCGAAGCUUUCUAAAGAUAGGUCUUCCGAACUCACCCAGAAGGAUCAUGACUUUUUCGCCGAGUUGCUCUUGAAGCAUCCUGUUGGGGGCGAUGUCAUUCCCUUGCUGGGAGAAUCAGACGCUGAGUACGAUGAAGAGACUCAGAAUGAAAUAGAGGAAGAUGAGCUUGAUUCAAUGUCUCCUAUUUCAUCCACUGAUUGCGAAGACAUCUUCUCUGACUUCAUCGCCGAUCAUGAGAAGGCCUGGAUGGCAAAGCACUUGCCGAAACACCGGCCAUAUGGCCAGCUGGUGUGGAACCAGGCUCGGAACCCCCGCUCAGGAAUGGGUUACAAGUCUGGCGCGUUGCGAACUCUAGAAAACCUUCGUUUACGGCUGACGAAGCAGAAAUCAGCUCUCUGUGACGCCAAAUACAAGUCCCGCAUCGCUUUACGAGAUGCAUGCAGGGUCAUGGAAACUACGCUGGAUCAAAUUUGCUUCGAGGAAUGGAGGUUACAAACAAUGGAGUUAGAGACGUGCCCACCAUUCGUGCCUCCGCCGCCAAGGGUGUCUCGGCCUCGAAGACAGCGUGUGGUUGAAGCAGAUGAAGAGUCUCUGGGUUCUGACUCGGAUCUCGCGGCUGAUGACGAGGCCUCUGCCGAAGAGUCUGAUUCCGACUUUGUGGAUGACGACUUUGUGGAUGACAUCCCCCACCGACCCCACAAGGGUCUGCUGGGGCCCGUCCCGGCAGACACAGGGUUAGUCGCCUCCACGUCUGAUGAUAGCGAGGAAGUCUCCGUUGCCAAGAAAAGACGACGAAUGAUGGAAAGUCAACACCAGAGCGAGGGCAAGAUCAACGUGAAUGCAAGCAAGCCUGGUCCAUUCGCGGAGUUUGAAAAUGGAGAAAUGUACCAUCUUUCCAGCCCCGAUCAUUUUUCACCAUCCGGUGCACUUCAACUUGACUCAUCCCCGCAGGCCCUACAUGAUUCUGAUGCAGACAUGUUGGUUGAGACACCACCUCUCAACCCAACCCUGCCCGCUUCCUCCCCUCCAGAUUUCGACAUGGAAGACGAUUUCCUAGUGAAGACGCCUCCACUCAACCCGACCAGUCUUCCGCGGCCAUCUGGGAAGCUCAGAUUGACUCUGCCGUGGCCUGAGGCGCCCUUGAAGGUCAUCGAGGAUAAUGCCUUACGUCUCCCCAAAAAGCUCACUUCGCGUGCAGUGUCCCUUGAGAAAGACAGCAGUGAUGCCGUCAGCCCAAGCAUGGACGACAUUGACAUUUUUGACAUGGUGUCGGUCAUGAGCUGGGAAAACGUUGAGGCUUCAAGGAACCCUGUCUGGCUAUUGGCAAAACACCUGAUUGGCUUGCUACCGGAGGAUCAGAAGCGCUUCGGGCCUUACAUGGAAGAACUCAUGGAUUCCGUCUACAUGGAAGAAGUCUGGGCAGCAGUGCAAGCGAUGCUCCAAAAUUCAUGGGCUAUGGAAGGCAGAACCGAGGAAGAGAGCCGACCUGCAAUGCGGCUAGGAGCUUAUUUUGUAUCCUGGCACAGUGGCAAGGUACUGAAUCCCCAUGGUAUGGGUAAGGAACCCCUUCAAAAAGCCCUCGAAGCCCUUGAAGAAGAGAACUACCUACCGAAGUUCCUCGGUUUCUUGCAUCGGUUGAAGAAGCUUUAUGCGUCGUUCAGAGCUUGGCUAUCGCGACAGCCACCCCGCAAAGAAAAACCAGGAUACACCACGUAUUCUGACUCUGCGGAUUCUGACAGUAACUCGCUCAAAAGGAAGCGACAUGCAAAACCUCGUUCGAAGAAACCAUUCGGACCGCGACCGCUGAGCAACAUGCAGAAAGAUGCACAGGAACGACAAGCGAAGCAGGACAAAGACCGCGAGCGCCUUAGGAUGGCCCGUGAAAGCAAGGGCCUGAGCAACAGUGACCCAGAGGGGCAAGCUGUGACUUUCAAGGAACCAGUCAUCUACUUACACCCCCAUCUGGGUAGAUACGUCAAACCCCAUCAAUUGACGGGCAUCCAGUUCAUGUGGCGAGAGUUAAUUGAAGCAAACAACCAACAAGGCUGUUUGCUUGCCCAUACCAUGGGCCUGGGCAAGUCAAUGCAAGUCAUCUCACUUUUGGUCACUAUUGCCGAUGCCGCUGCUUCGGAUAACCCCAAGAUCCGGGAACAAGUUCCAGAACGUUUUCAUCGCUCCCAGACCCUUGUCCUAUGUCCAUCUUCUGUGGUGCCGAAUUGGUCAGACGAGUUCGCUAUGUGGGCGCCAGCUGAUCACCAUCUUGGCCCAAUUCGGCUGAUCGCCCCUCGUGGAAAGGGCCUCGAAAUGUCUGAGAGGCUGCAGACAAUCCGCGACUGGAACAGAAGGGGCGGUAUUCUCAUUAUGAGUUAUGAGAUGCUCCGCAUCCUCAUUGUGAAUAAGCCAGUCAGACUCAAUGAUGAGGAGCACAGGCUUGUCGAAGAAUGUCUCCUAGAAGGGCCCAAUAUCAUUGUGGCAGACGAAGCCCACAAGCUGCGGAGUGGGAAGUCAGCCAUUUCUCAAGUCGCUUCUCGGUUCAAAUCGACAAGUCGGAUUGCUAUGACAGGCUCACCGUUGUCGAAUCAGCUUUUCGAGUACUACCAGAUGGUUGAGUGGGUCGCGCCUGGCUACCUGGAAGAUCCCAGCACGUUCAAGCGGAAAUUCAUGGACCCGAUCCAGGCUGGGUCCUACAUGGAUAGCUCGAGGAUGGAGCAGAGAGAAAGUUUGGUAUCUUUGCAGCUUCUCAACGGAAUCUUGGCUCCAAAGGUCCUCAGAGCUGAUACCUCUGUGCUUGCUGCUGAUCUACCAUCAAAAACCGAGUUCAUUCUCACGGUACCACUGACAGAACUGCAGAGAAAUGCCUAUAACACCUUUGUGGACUGUGCUAAGUCUAAGGAUGCGGACGCAAGUUUGAAGCUUUGGUCAUGGCUGGCAAUUAUGCAACUAUGUUGCAACCACCCCUUCCCAUUCCGUGAAAAGCUCGCCGAUAGACUGAAACAGCAGGAGGAUACCGAUAACCUGUCCAUUUUGCCAACGUCGAUUCAAGAUGCCGGACUUCCAAGCGACCUUGUCUCCCAGAUGGACGCGCUUUUCAGCAAGUACCCGAAUCUGGAAGAGACUGCCUUGUCCAAUCGUGCUGUCCUCCUUGAUGAAAUCCUAGAUCUGUCCAUCCGGGCCAACGACAAGGUUUUGAUCUUCACUCAAAGUAUUCCGACCAUGAACUAUCUGGACCUCAUGCUGAAAAACAAGGGACGGAAGUACCAACGCAUUGAUGGUAGCACUACCGGUCCUGAUCGCCAAAAUGCAACAAAGCGUUUUAAUUCGGAUAGCAGUGAACAGAUCCUCUUGAUCUCAACUCGAGCUGGCGGCGUGGGUCUCAACAUGUUUGGUGCUAAUCGGGUGGUCAUCUUUGAUUUCCUCUUUAACCCUAUGUGGGAGGAGCAGGCUGUCGGGCGUGCAUAUCGUCUUGGUCAGAGGAAGCCGGUCUACGUCUAUCGCUUCCUUGCUGGUGGUACCUUUGAGGAGCUCAUCUUCAACAACGCAGUCUUCAAGAGACAACUUGCCGUUCGGGUGGUGGACAAGAAGACGGUUAUGCGUGAAAGUUCAAAGAAAACUUCGACCUAUCUCACACAUGUGAAAGAUGUGGAGAAGGAUGAGAAGUACUCCGCCCUUGGGCGGGAUCCUCAGGUUCUCGAUCAAAUUCUCGGAGGAGAACUUAAUGAGAUCAUUCUGAAGGCGAGAUUGUCCCACAUCCAAGACAACGAGAAUGAUCAUCUCACCGAGGAGGAGACCCGCCAGGUGGAAUAUGCCCUCAAGAUGGAACGUCUUAAACGCUCGGAUCCGCUGGCUUACCACGCUGAGAUAAAGAGACGGGAAGAUGAAGAAAAGAUACGCCAACAGGAGGUGGCCCGCAUACUCAAACAGCGGGAAUUGGAGAAGGCGGAGGAGCAGCGCAAAUUGUUCCAGAUGAGCCAAUCUGGACAGCAGCAGGGUUUCAUGACGGAUCAACAACGCAUUGCCUCUCUUAACCGCGGUCCGAUUCCCAUGUCAACAGUGGGCAGAUCACCCCUAUCUGUGAAUAACCGGGGUGCAGCGGAUGCAGCGGGUGCAGCGCAGCCUGCCAGGUUCUUAUCCGGGGCUAACGCUACUCCUAUUUCACAAGAUCGGCCACAACUCCCUGCCUACCAGCCAAGCUCAUCGUCACUCCUACCAGUGGGCUCAAACGAGCAACCCGUAACUCCUUCUGCAUACAAGCCAAGCUCAUCCACACUGCGACAAGCCGACGGCGGAGAAGCUCGACCCACUUUCCAGGUGCCUUCCGGUAAUGAAGUCAUUGUGAUUGAAGAUAGUUCAGUGCCUUCAACGCCGGUCAAAGCCCCCGUCAAUGCCUUGCCUCUGCGUUCAGCAUCCUCGGACCAUUCUCCUGUUUCGCCGACUCCAAAUAUGAGUGGCGAUGUUGCUCAGGAGAAUGUCAACCAGCCAACGUCCGUGGAAAUGCCACCGCAAUUCAACCAGGACGAAUCACAGGGGUCUGCGGAGCACGUCGAAAAUAGCAACAUGGAUAUCGGCGGCGAUGGCUUGGUCGAUCAGGUCGACAAGAAUACCGAGGAAACAGCUCACAAUCAGGCCACCGAAACCAACCCUCCGGCCGCUGUUAACCAGGAGAAGUCCGAUGCCAGCAACAACGGCAUUGCGGAUCCUAAGGUGACCGCACUUAGGAUGGCAGAUGACGACAAUGUCCUCAAAAAAUCCGCCAAAAGCUCCACUGAUAUCGGGGAAGGCUCCGCAUCCAAGAUGGCGGCUGUCGGCACAUCGCUGAUUGUGCCCGCGACUAGUCCCGCCUCCGGCCAAAGCGAGGCGAUGGACACCAGCGAUAGCUCGCGGGUGACCGUCGACACGCCUGCGUCCGGGGCAGCGACUUGUCCCAUCACGUCCAGCCAAUCUGAGGCAGUGGACAUCAGUGAUGGCGCAUAA